UGCCGGCCCCAGCCCAUUUCCAAACCCAGACCAAGUUCCAGUCCCAAAACUCCUACUAUACUGGUUUGCUGUGUGAUGAACUUUGGCCUGGGCCAUGAAGUCGCACCCUGAUGGUUAUUUAGUGCCCUGCUCCUACUGCAUCGGUCUGCUGGACUUGAUAUCCGCCCUGCUCUUUGCCAUCAUAUCGGGUAUUGUGUUCUCCAAGCAUGGCCACUGGACAGCUUUGGUGGCACUGAUCUUCACCCUGUUCUGGAUUUUCAUAAUUAUCGUGCUACUACUGGGUGUCUACAAGCGAAAGCUGGGACUGGUUCGUUUUUGGUUGGUUUUCACCUGUCUGGGAAUUAUCAUGGAUGGGGUUAUACUGCUCUAUGGGUUGACUUUGGCCAUAUCGGUGAACUGGGAUGGCGUAAAGAUCACUGUACUGCCAUUUGUGGGAUUAGCUGUGGAGAUGACAUUUGUUUAUAUUGUAUAUCUCUUGUACCUGGAUAUGGUUGGCUUGGGUUCUCCACCUCCUCCAAACGAAGAGCAUCCUCGCGUUGCGGGUGGCUGCGAGGUGGAGUUUGAAGAUGAGGUGGAAAAGCCCAUGGAUCGCAAGGAGCUGAAACGUCUGGAGAAACUGGCCAAGGAACGCAUGAAGAGGGACAAGGCCGUUCUCAAAGAGCUCCAAAAACAGAGGCGUAAAGGAAUAGAUUAA